UGCAGCUCCAAACAUCACUGAAAACGACAGCAGUUUAAAAAUAAGUAACUCGUCGUUUGGCAAAUUAGCUUCUUCUGCAAUCUUAAACCCUAAUUGCAAAACCCUACUAAUUCCCUCCAAUUCUCUAUCAAUCUCUUUUUGUAGCCAAUUUUUAAAUCAAUUAAUCUAACAGUAACAAAAAUGUCCAGCGAGAGAGACGAUGGGCGCAAGCCGAGCCAGCUAAGACCACUCGCAUGCUCACGCAAUGUACUAAACCGUGCCCAUGGCUCCGCUAGCUGGUGUCAAGGAGAUACAAAGGUUUUAGCUGCUGUUUAUGGACCUAAGCCUGGAACCAAGAAAAAUGAGAACCCUGAAAAGGCCUGUAUUGAAGUCCUUUGGAAGCCUAAAACUGGUCAGAUUGGAAAAGCGGAAAGGGAGUAUGAGAUGAUACUGAAGAAAACUUUGCAGAGCAUCUGUGUUUUGACUGUCAAUCCCAACACCACUACAUCAGUUAUAGUUCAGGUUGUUCAUGAUGAUGGUUCUCUCCUGACAUGUGCCAUAAAUGCAGCAUGUGCUGCUCUUGUUGAUGCUGGAAUGCCUAUGAAGCAUCUUGCUGUUGCUAUUUGUUGUUGUUUAGCAGAAGAUGGAUAUGUUAUAUUGGAUCCCACCAAGUUGGAGGAACAGAAAAUGAAGGGAUUCACAUAUUUAGUCUUUCCAAAUUCAACUCAAUCUGUUCUACCAGAAGGGUCGUCACUUGUUGAAGGUAAACCUAUCGAACAUGGGAUCAUUACGUCUGUCACCCACGGAGUGAUGUCAGUGGAGGAAUAUCUUGAUUGUCUAGAUCGAGGGCGUGCAGCCUGUGAACAACUGUCGGGUUUUCUCAGAAGGAGCUUGAAAUUACACCUACCAGGCGACUCCUCAAAAGCUGGAUGAUUUUGGUAAAUAUCACGCGAGAAUGCUGCGGGAAGUCUCAAUUAUUUUUUGGAGAUACUUAUUAUGAGCUGCCUUCCUGUGACCUAACCCAAGUGAUAAAUGUUACGGUUGUACCAUAGCUAAAUUAUAUGCAGUAGAUGGAGGCUUCAACUCCCAUUUAUGUGCAGUCUUCUUGGUCAUAUUAUUAUUAUCUUUAAUUUAUAAAAUGAAAUGUAAUGCUUUUCCUGUACUCAAAUUUUGAUUUUACUCUUAUAUAAUGACACACACAAUGAUGUAUAUUGAGUGAUCUUGUUAGCCUCCAGAAGUGGAAUUCAAUCUUCA